AAAGUGAAGGGAGAACAGCAGUAUUAGUAGAGCCAUGAGAGGGGGAAGCAGGGAACCACAACCCCGAUAAACCACCCCUAAAUCUACACCACAGCCUCUGUAAUAAAGCAAAAUGGCGUCGAUAAUAUAAAGAUAAGAGAUAAACGCAUUAAAGGGCAACUAUGAUGGCGGUGUGUGGCAUCAGAGUAACCGCCAUACGUUGCAUUGUUCCCCGCCUCACCGCCUCGCACAGAGCAUAUCACGACGGCCGGGGAAUAGCAGGACGGUCGUGGAGUCGCGUGGCAGCCAUCAGGGGUAAUAUCAGGACCCUGGGUGUGUGUGGGAGUGACCUCAAGCCAGCUGGUGUGAGGGCUGGAUCUCUCUCUCUCUCCUUCUCCUCGUCCACCAUGGCUCCUAUUUCCCCCGAUGGCCUCGACCCCGGGCAGCUCGUGGACCGGUACAUCGCCGAGAACAAGGUGAUGGUCUUCAGCAAGUCCUUCUGCCCCUUCUGUCACAGGGUCAAGGAUCUCUUCAGGAAAAUCAAUGUGCCUUUUGAAGCGCUGGAGCUCGACAAAAUUGCGAACGGAGAUGCGAUACAAGCCGCCCUAAUGAACAAGUCUGGCAUGCGCACUGUUCCCAAUGUGUACAUAGCCGGGGAACAUGUGGGGGGCUGUGACGACACCCUAUCGGCCCAUGCCAGCGGGGACCUUAUGCGGCUCAUCAACAAGGGGGAGCACACCUAUGAUUACGACAUGGUGGUGAUCGGCGGGGGCUCUGGGGGCCUGGCGGCGUCCAAGGAGGCGGCCAACUUGGGUGCGAAGGUUGCCGUGUGUGACUUUGUGAAGCCCACCCCUAAGGGCACCACCUGGGGUCUGGGGGGCACCUGCGUCAACGUGGGCUGCAUCCCUAAGAAGCUUAUGCACCAGGCUGCCCUACUGCACGAAAGCAUCAAGGACUCCCGUGAGUUUGGGUGGGCCACUCCGGAGACCAUCAACCACGACUGGGGCAAGAUGGUUGAGGGGAUCCAGAGCCACAUCGGAUCGCUCAACUGGGGGUACCGCGUGGCCCUCAGGGAGAAGAAAGUGGACUACCUCAACGCAUAUGCCACGCUGGACGACCCCCACACACUAAAGAUUGUCGACCGCCGCGGCAAGGAGAAAACCAUUACCGCAGACAAGAUCCUCCUAGCCACCGGGGGGCGUCCAAGGUACCCGGACAUCCCAGGGGCGAAGGAACACUGCAUCACCUCAGACGAUAUAUUCUCGCUGCCGUACGCCCCUGGAAAGACACUGCUGGUGGGGGCGUCGUAUAUCUCCCUGGAGUGUGCGGGAUUCCUGGCCGGGCUGGGAUACGAUACUACUGUCAUGGUCCGGUCCAUCCUGCUCCGAGGUUUCGACCAGCAGAUGGCCAACAAGAUCGGGGAUUACAUGGAACAGCAUGGCGUUAAGUUUAUCCGCGGCGCCGUGCCCACCGAGAUAACACAGAUCGAGGAGGGCACCCCGGGCCUUCUUCGGGUCACGGCUCGCACCACGGAGGGGGAGGAGGUGGUUGGGGAGUACAACACGGUGGUGGUUGCCGUGGGGCGCGACCCUUGCACCUCCACUAUCGGCCUGGAGAACACGGACGUCAAGCUGGCGAAGAGCGGCAAGGUCAUCGUGGACAAGGCGGAGCAGUCGUCAGUGGACAACAUAUAUGCCAUCGGUGACAUCAUGGAGGGUGGACACGAGUUGACGCCGGUUGCUAUCCAGGCCGGGAGAUUGCUGGCAAGGCGGCUGUACGGCAACGGAGACGCACUCACUGACUACGAUAAGGUGCCUACCACAGUUUUCACGCCCCUAGAGUAUGGGUGCUGUGGGCUAUCGGAGGAAGCUGCAAUUGAGCGCUUCGGGGAGGACGACAUUGAGGUCUUCCACUCCAACUAUCAGCCGCUGGAGUUCACCGUCGCCCACCGCCCCGAGAAUGAUUGUUAUGCCAAGCUGGUGUGUCUUCGGAGCGAGAAUAAUCGCGUCUUAGGGUUCCACGUGCUGGGUCCUAACGCCGGGGAGAUCACGCAAGGGUUCUCCAUCGGGCUCAAACUCAACGCAACCAAGGCUGACUUUGACAACCUCAUCGGCAUCCACCCCACUACUGCCGAGAUAUUUACGACGCUGAAUGUUACCAAGAGGAGCGGCAAGGACGUCUCUGCUCAAGGUUGCUGAGGUUAAUUCCGCUGCGUUCCGGCCUGUAGCGCUCUAGGCACGCACACACACACACACACACACACACACACACACACACACACACAC